AUGACUUCCUGCCUUGGAUUCCUUGGCAUUGUCUGGUGUGGAACUCUCCAGCAGAACACACUGGCUGCGCUCAGUGGACAGAAUGACAGUGCCAGGUGCUCAGUUAAUGCAGGGUGCCUGAACAAAGGAACCACUGAUGCCAGUGUUAAUUUCUCUCUCCCCGCCCCCACCCCCAGCGCUAGGGGGAUUGUGUUGGUGCUCUGGGAGGAAUGGGAGAGGCUGGAGUACGGAGGCAGUUCUGGAUUUCGGGCAGAGUUUGGCGCUGGGCAAGCAGCAAUCUACAAACCGACUGAAGGCCCGCCUUUGUCAAGUUUACAUUCUAGUCAGGAAACCAAUGAUAAGCAAGCAAACUAUGUAAUAAAGAAGUUAGUGCCUUGUAGAGAGCAAAAUGGAGUCUCUCAUGUCAAGCAGGGGCCUAUGUCAAGCAGUGACGCAAGCAGGAAAGGAUUUUGGCAGCAAGCUGUCAAUCUCUUCAGACCCAACCCCUCUAUGUCUGGCCAUUUAAAAAAGGCAACUGCCACCGAAGACUCUGCCCGGUGGAUCUCCGAACAGAACCAAGAUCCUUGCCUGCUUGAACAUCAGAAGCAGGCAGUGCCCAGGGCUGACCCAGACCAGACCGAGGCCUUAUCUCAAUUGCGCACCCCCAGACUGACUUUGUGUUUGGCUAGUCAGUACUGGGUGAUGGGACAUGUGGUAAGACCAGUCAUUUCCAUGGGCAUGAGCCCAUUGCUGCACUUCUUUGGCUAUGAAAUGAGUACCUUUAUCAGAAGUGAUUAUGUGCACCAUAUCACAAGGGUGGCUGACAUUUCAGAAGCUGGUAGUUGUGGGAAGUUUGAUCAAAUUGACGAAGAGAGAGCAUCUGGAAAAUUGGCUUUCUUUUUACUAUUUGAGAUGCCCAUCAUUAAAGGUCUACUUAAUAUUUCAGAUGAUUUGAAGAUUGGCUUUUUCUGCACAGACCAUGCUACUCAAACAGAUUACAGUGAAAUUCUGCCACUAAAAGAGUUGAGUUCAUCUACAGAAAAGCUAAUACAGAUUAUUAGAUCUCUUCAAGUGGAUUUUGGGUUCCUCAAACAAUUGCUUCAGUUGAAAUUUGAGGACCGUCUUAAAGAAGAGUCUUUCAAUCUCUUCACUGCUCUACAUGACAGGAUCCUAACAAUCGAAAAACAUUAUCAAGAGAAUGAGGACAUCAUAAGAAAAUGCUACAAUCAGCAGUUGGCUGAUGCCAUAGCUGUUAUCAAAGGAAUGUACAAGUGGCCUUUUAGAAUUCAAGAUGGAGUCCAAGCUCCAUUGCUUGGUCUAUGUCUUCCAGGCCGUGGGGACCCUGGCCCCUUUGGCUCCCCAGGUUCAUUCUGCUGCAGCUUUCAGACCCUCAAACCUGCCAGAGAUGUGGAAGUGUUCCAGCUGCUUGACAUUCUUAGUUCUGCCGCUCUUUUAGAUUUUAACUCUUCUUGUGAGUGUGUAGAGCUGGAUGGCUGGUUCACAUCAGUGAUUGGAGGAGUCUGGUGGAGGAAGAGUAUGCGUGAAUUCACGGGGUGGAAGUUGCUCAAAAUGCGUAGCACAAGUAUGGGGCAGAGGCUUGAAGCUUCCACGACCUCUCCAGGUGCAGCACCCUCCCAGCUUCUAGUUAUGUUCACCAACCCACAGCUCUCUGAAUGCAGUCAUUUGGGUCUUUAA